AUGUCAUCCAAAAAUAAGCCUGCAAUCCAGAGAAUUGCCGAGCUCUGUCAUGCCCCUUCUUCCCUUCUCUUCUUCUCCUGUGUUGCUACUUCUCUUCUUUUUAUAUCACAUGCAGGAAACCUCAGCUUUGCAUUCCCUCCCAGCAAGAAUUUUAAAAUCGAAAAUGAUGCAUACUUUCAAGGAGACAAGCUCAUACAACUGACCAAGAAUGAAGCAACAGGGAACCUAAACAGUAGCUUAGGCUGGGCGUCUUACAAUAAAUCGGUUCCGCUUUGGGACAACUCCUCUCAAGCUCAGGCCAACUUCUCUACCCACUUUCAAUUCAUUAUAGGGAAGGGUAAUAAUAUUCAAAGGGGUUUUGGAGACGGACUUGCCUUCUUCAUGGCGCCUUUCGACUUGGAACAGCCGUUGGACGCUACAGGAGGAGGUAUCGGCCUCUUUAACGCCACAACUUAUAAGGGAUCAUUCUAUGAGAUGGUUGCUGUCGAAUUUGACACUUACCAGAAUGGUUUGGAUCCAGAAGAGAACCAUGUAGGUGUUGACGUCAAUGAUAUUUUCUCCAAAGUAAACGUAUCGGUGACAAGCAUAGCUGCAAAUUCUACUCUUUGUGAUGAAAGUCUCAACAAUGAAAAGAGAUGGGACGCGUGGAUAUAUUAUGAUGGGUCGGCAAAGAGGCUGCAAGUGUUCCUCCUCUGUAACCCUAAUGGUGUUAGAAUUUCUAAGCCUCCAACCCCAAUCUUAAUUUAUGAUAUAGAUCUGCGGGACUUUCUUCCAGAAAACAUCAAGGUUGGCCUAUCGGCUUCAACAGGAGUUUCCUCAAAGACACAACCUGUGAACGCCUGGGAUUUCUCUUGUCAGUAUUCCUGGGAAUUAUCAGCUGUUGCAACUCCAACCAGCUCUCCCAUUGUAAAUACCUCUUCCUCUCGAAAUCCCAGAAACAGCGAGAAAAAAAAAGUGCUAUUUCUGGGUUAUAUUGAUAGUAGUCAUCAUCUGCAGUGCUCUCGCCAUAUGCAGUCUCGUAUUCAUUGGCUGGUGGCGGUAUUUCAGAAAAAGUAA